CUACAGAAACCAUUAAGCAGUCUGAGGCAAACACCAACCAACGAUGUUUCAACAAAUUGCACAAACUAAUGUACCUGCUUUCUUACAAAGGAGGGGAACAGGAGCCCCAGAACAUCAUCGGACAUGUCGCCUGAACACAGAAAAUCCGAAUCGCAUUGUGCAUGUUGUUGGCACUUCCAUGAAGGCAAACCUGAACAGGAGUGCCCCACCCAGCUCCAAGUUCUUCUCUGUGAAAUGCACUUACAAUGUUCAGUACAGCAUCAGCCCCCCACCUUGGGAGACGUCACACCUCUCCCCCAUCCCUCUCAGUGGAAACUCAGUGCUACUCAUCAGCAUGAGCCGUGCCAGUGAAUUUGAAAAUGACAGCAAGCUGUCUGUCCAGUACUAUGGGGGCAAUAAGGAGGUCUUGGGGAGAGCUGUUAUAUACCUGACAGCUGUUGAGAUCUCUCUGGAUGUGGAUGCUGACAGAGACGGUGUUGUGGAGAAAGACAACCCUAAUAAGGGCUCCUGGAAAUGGGGUCCUAAUGGGCAUGGAGCCGUCCUAUUGGUCAACUGUGACACAGAGCGGAUUUAUGCGAAGAAACCAGACAUCGAGCAGAACUACAUCUCCAGAACGUCAGAUCUGAAGGACAUGUCAGUCAUGGUGCUGCGGACCAGAGGCCCGGCCAAGCUCCCAGAGGGCUACAAGCUCACCAUGCACAUAUCUCAGGGCGACGCAGAGAGUGUCAGAGUCUUCAUGUCCACAUCCCCUGAAGUGACGAAUAAUUUCCUGUCAGUGAAACACUUGUAUAACUACUCUGUGAGUGACUAUCCGCUGGUGCUGAACAGUGAGGUCCUGUCACAGGAAGUGCCUUACAUUGGAGGCGUAGCAGGGAUGAAGUUUUAUGUGGAGGGCCUCAGAUUUCCUGACAAAGACUUCGAUGGCCUCAUCAACAUCAACCUCAGUCUGUUAGAGCCCAUCUGUGCAGGUCUCCCUGAGACGCCCAUUUUCACAGACAAAGUCGUGUUUAGAGUGGCGCCCUGGAUCAUGACACCCAACACCUUGCAGCCUGUGGAGGUGUUUAUCUGCAGCACAUCUGAUAACUACCAGUUCCUGAAAGGAAUGAAGAACCUUGUUGCGAAGAGCGGGUACAAGCUGAAGAUUUGCCAUGAGUAUGUGAACAGAGGAGAUCGCUGGAUGCAGGACGAACUGGAGUUUGGUUACAUCGACUCACCUCAUCACCGUUUUCCUGUUGUUCUGGACUCCCCUCGAGAUGGAAAUCUCAUGGACUUUCCAUAUAAUGAGCUACUGGGCCCAGACUUUGGCUAUGUGACGAGGGUGGCCAAGAGAAAGGAUGUGAGCAGUCUGGACUCAUUCGGUAAUCUGGAGGUUAGUCCUCCUGUUACAGUGAACGGACAAAACUACCCCCUGGGCAGAAUCAUCAUUGGAGUGGCCUUCCCUACGGCAACUAAAGGACGCAACAUGACCAAAGUAGUUCAAGACUUCCUGUGGGCUCAGAAGGUUCAGGAGCCCAUUGCCUUGUUCUCUGACUGGCUCCUUGUCGGCCACGUAGAUGAAUUCAUGACGUUUGUUCCAGCACCUGACAGAAAGCACUUCCGCCUGCUGCUGGCCAGCCCAGACGCAGGCUACAAGCUAUUCAGAGGCUUACAGAAGGAUGGUCACGGACAGGCCAGACUGUUUGAGGGUCUGAAAGAUGAAGAAACAAGAACAGUGGAUGAAAUACUUAAAGAUGACCCUCUCCGGUAUCAAAAUAACUACGUACAGAACUGCAUCGACUGGAACAGGGAUGUACUGAAGAGGGAGCUGGGCCUGGAGGAAGAGGACAUCAUUGACCUGCCAAUCCUAUUCAAGUUGUCGGAGGAGGAGGAGUACAGAGCAGUGGCAUACUACCCUGACAUGGUGAACAUGAUUGUUUUGGGAAAAAACCUGGGCAUCCCAAAACCCUUUGGCCCCAAGGUGAACGGACGCUGUGCCUUGGAGGCUGAGAUGUGCUCCCUGAUGGAGGGCCUGGGCCUCAAAUGCACGUUUAUUGACGACUUCGCCUCUUACCACAAACUGCUGGGAGAGGUGCACUGUGGCUCCAACGUCCGCAGGCAACCGUUUGACUUCAAGUGGUGGAACCUGGAGAUGUGAACAAAAACUGAGCGGUGGAUGGAGAUGGGUUAAAGUUGUAAUCCUUAAAAUUUCAGUCCUGCUUGAUUUGGAAACAUUAGUGCUGCCAAAAUAACCCUCCCAAAAUGCUGUUUUACAAAAAAAAAAAGUCCUUCAAUAAUAAUUGCAACUGUAAUCUGAUUAAAUGCGAAAUGUUAGCUCACUGAAGAGACGGAGGGGUGCAGCCUUUCGCCUGCAACUCUUCAUCUAACAGCUCACUGUGGCUGCUCCAGCUUACAGUAUUAACUCAAUAACAAAAAAUGAUAUGCUGACAAAAGAAUUUUAGAAAAUGAGCAGGAACAGUUGCUGUUAGUGCUAACAAAGGUGUGUGUCUGGUAAAAGCCACCCCUGGAUUCGCAAAUUGAACUCUUUUAAUGUAAUCUUAACAACUCAGCAUCUUAACACAGCUCUGACACAGUGUAAAUAGAGUGAACACUAAACAGCAAUGCGGGAUUACAUGCAUGCUUCGUUUCUUGUGUGCAAAGCAGUUCUUUCAGUCAAUGACUUGAAUCACUCACCCAGUGAGUGUUGUCCCUGCACAUUCACACUCUAGCAACUAAGAGCUCAACUGAACUGAGAAAUGAACAGAUCAUUCCAGGAAGUGAUUCAAUUCAGUUCAUUCACCCAAGAGAUUUGUUCUUUUGAACAAAUCCUUUGCACUACCUGCAUGUUAGGCCAGUUUGAAACCAGCACAGGAAUGGCAGACUCCGCUGCUAACUAUGAAAACACAAAGAGAGGUGACUGCAGAUUGUUAAAACAUUGAGAUGGCUAUCGCUGGAAAUGCCAGCCAUAAAUGGUUUAAAAAUGGGUUAUGAUUUCACUGAAAAUCUUGAGGACUAUAACUUUGCAAAGGCAGAUAGAGACGGUUAUUGUCAAUACACUAGUUCAGUGGUUCCCAACCUUUUCCAACUCACGGCCCACUUUAAAAUCUCAAAAAUGUCGGAGGCCCACAUCCGACCCCUUAACAAUAUAGAGGCCAACUAAUGCCUUCUCAGAGCUCUUUUCAUUUUAUUGAUAACGAUCGAACAUUCAGGACUGAACUGAAGGCAGGGGAAGCUCAGUUUUUCUUUUCUGUUCACUCUUUCCUUUUAAUUCUUCCUGUUGCUAACCAGCUGUCAGACUGAGAUGGCAAAUAAGUAUACGAUGCGAUCCGACAGCAGUGGUCCGCCCGGCGGCAAGCUAAAAGUUAAUUGGCUUAUCACAGACAGGCCUCAAUACAAGAACAUAAAUAAAUAAUUUUUGAAUGUUUUUAAAGAUUAUUUAUAUAUGUAUUUCUCUAUAAUUACAUCUUUUCACCAAAAUUGUACUGUUUUGCAAAUGAUUUGUCAGCCUUCUUCCAAUACCUUCACGGCCCACAGGUUGGGAACCACUGCACUACAGUCUUUUUGAAAACAAUAGCACCUUGAAGCAGCUUUAGGUUGAAUCACGGUGUAAUUGUUAAUUUUUUUUCUGUCAAAGCCUUACAUUAUCUGUGUUUUAAAAUCAUGAAAUUCUUAAUUUUCUUAUCAAUCAUUUUCUUAUCACUUUUUUUUUUUAUCAAAUAAUGUAUUCCUCAUUUUCAUAAUUGUGUAGCAAAAAUUACCCAAGGGGCUUGAUCUAUUGUAUGCAUCUUCAUCUUUAUUAAAUAUUUUUAUUGGUUUCAUUUACAAAAAGGAUGUAAAGCAAUAUUUACAGGUCUUUUGAACAAGGGCUUAAGCAGACUGUUAACAAGAACAGAAAUACAAUCAUUUGAAUCAAGCACAUAGAAGAUUUGCUCCCGGUCCUGAUGUGGUUCGGAUUGGCCGUUGGCAUACAGUGUAAGCACACAGACGAAUGGUACCACAUGGUGAUGUGCUAUAAUAUUACAUAGCCACAAGAGGGUGUACUUCAUCUACUCAAGCAUUUUCCAAAGUCCAGAGGAAAGUCAUCUGAAUUCAUGUAUUUUCAUAAAUCAGUUUAAUAGGCUGUAAUACACAAAUGUGUAAUUAUUUCCAAAAAUGUCUCUAUAUUUUUUCUAUGCCAUUUUUCUGUUGAGUCAAAUCUUACUUUGUCCCUGGUGAUUUGUAGCUGUAAACAGCUUGGUGAAUACAGUGUUUAGGUUGUUUAGAUAUUUGGUCCAGUGUCUUAAACCUUUUGUACUUUCACAAACUGUAAAUGCUGUCUUUGAUUCACUAUAGACAAUAAAUCUCAUGUCUGCUUCACUUACAUCACUAAAAUAAAACAAUCCCAUGUA